AUGUCGUCUGCGCUGGAACGCCUCCCCAAUGAGCUGCUGGAUCAGAUCAUCUCCUACCUGGAUAUAGAGCCUCCCUCACGGACUGGAAUCUAUCAAGAACCUGAUCAAAACAUCACUUCCUCCCAAAACAAAUGUCUCAAACAUUUGUCCCAGUCAUGCGCCCGUCUCGCCAAUCUGGUGCGGCCAAUUCUCUUCGCCCAUGCCCGUAUGGUGUUACCAGACGAGCCCGCGCAGUUCUGCUGGUUCACGCAUAAAUGGGACCUGGCUCGAGACAUCAAGUCCAUGACCAUACUCGUCACGGAUGAAAAUAUUCCACGAGACGUUCUCUGCGGGUGGAUAAAUUACCUUCUCGGCUCCAUCGAUCCUCUCUGGCUUACCAUCCUCGCGCCACCAAAGUUCAUUGGCGAGGCGCUGGAGGAUAUGAUCGACGAGCGUCAUGGCUGGGCAUUCGGUAUAGAAUAUCAGAUCCUACAGCUUGAACAAAACAACUACGGCAACGUCGCCGCCCAUCAACCAGAUCCGUCCAAGAAUAAUAUAUUCCGCACCCGCCCAUGGACAUCAUUGUUCUUCAACGAGGGAUCCUCCCUCAAAGCCUACAAUCACUACGAGUACUUCCUCUCCCAGGUCCCCUCGGUGCUGGGCCAAUGGGGACAGGAAUUCACCUCGAUGACCCACUCGCCUAAAUACAAGCAGUUCUUCCAGGGACUAGAAUCCCUGACCUACACAGCAAUCUUUCCAUUCUACAACCAUGUGGAACUCGUUUGCAUCGCAAUGCAGCUCUUACCACGGCUCCGCGUCUUGACUGUCCAAUUAGCCCCGGAUGAAAAUAAUCACGCCACUGAGCUUGAACAGCGCGGUUCGAUGGACCCGAAUGAUCCGUGGAUGGAAUUGGAAUCUUCUUAUUCGGUGAUUGGUUUUAAAAUUCGUACUCAGAGUUCUGUGGAGGAAUUCCGCACUCGUGACUUGCAUAUUGAAGCUGUACGGCCGCAUCUCACGAGGAGUUUGACAGAAGAGUUGCAUGGAUGGGCGCAUGAUGGUCAGGGUGUUUGGACACGACCUCCAAGUGAAAAGACUUCUUAG